AUGGCUGAAACUAGUGACACUGAAGAUGCACUCACUUUAGAUGACGAAGACCAGUCAUUUUUAUUAGAGGACAUGCAAGCUGGAGUUUCUGAAGCUAUAAUUGAGCCACCUGGUUCAUUAGGAUCUACUCAAAAUCCAGGCCUGUCUUCAGACUCAUCAUCGACUAUCCCCUUUUAUUCAUCAGGUGAUCCGAUUCCCGAGUUCAAGUGGAAAAAUAAUAUCUAUCGCCCGUAUAUUUUUUCUGACACUGAUUAUGAAUUUGGUAAGGUAAACAUUUCUCAAGAAAUACAGUCUUUGAAACCUAUUGAUAUAUUUGAGACAGUGACAAACAUUAAAUUAUUGAUUGAGGAAUUAAUAAUACCAGAGUCUUUACGUUAUGCUCAUCAAAACGGUUCGGUGUUCACUACCGAUAUCCAAGAAAUUACAGCAUUUAUUGGCAUGAAUUAUGUCAUGGGCUACCAUGUAUUACCCACAAUACGAAGCUACUGGUCCACAGAACCUGACAUGGGUGUGCCUUAUAUAGCUAGAGUAAUGCCUUUAUCACGAUUUGAAGAAAUUAGAAGAAACUUGCACUUCUGUGACAAUGCAUCCCAACCAUCUCCGACAUCGUCAUUAUUUGAUAGAGCCUACAAAAUAAGAUUAGUAAUGAACCAUUUCAAUUCAAGUUUCCAAUCAGCAAUGAAUAACACAAAAACGCAAGCAAUUGAUGAACAUAUGGUAAAGUUCAAAGGUCACAAUAUCAUGCGACAGUACAUGCAAAAUAAACCAAUAAAAAGAGGAUUUAAAAUGUGGUGUCGUGCUGAUUCGAGUACCGGAUAUUUAUUCCAGUUCGAUUUAUAUACUGGAAAAAAGAAUGCAGGACCCGAAAUAGGACUGGGAGAAUCCGUUGUCCUUGAUCUUACACAAGCUUUGGUGGGUCUUGGAUGUGAAAUAUAUUUCGACAAUUUUUUUAACUCACCCAUGUUGCAAUAUAAACUUGCUAAACAAAAUUUAAAGGCAUGUGGCACUGUUCGAACACAGCGUAAAAAUAAUCCUAAAAACUUGCCUUUAGAUAAAGAGAUGAAGAGAGGCGAUAUCUACGCUACUAGCUUCGAAGGAAUUUCUUUUAUCAAGUGGAUGGAUAAUAAAGCUGUGCAUCUCCUCACCAACUUUUUGUCACCGGUACCUACUCUAAAAGUCAAACGUAAACAAGCAGGAUCAGCCCAAUGUCUAGAGAUCACAUGUCCUGACAUCGUCCAUAAAUAUAACAAAAAUAUGGGUGGAGUAGAUCUCAUGGACCAAAAGAAGGUCACAUACGAAGUGGAUAGAAAAUCCAAAAUAAAAUAUUAUCUGCGGCUUUUCUUUGAUUUAUUGGACAUCGCCAUGAACAAUUCCUACAUUGUUUACGAAAAACUGCAUGCGCAACAUCGCAUAGAAGGGCAUUUACUAUCAUCACUUGAAUACCGACAAGUUGUGGCUAGGGCUAUGAUUGGCAAUUUUUCUAUCCGUAAACAUGCCUUGCCAUCCACUUCCAUGACCAAAAAACGGAUACAAAAUAUAGUAUAG